AUGACAUUUGUGACUGGAUUAAUUGCGCCUAUCAAAUGUGAGCUUCAUAACAUAAACCCACAUACAUUUGUCAUAAAGAAGAAUGAAGCUGGUAAAAUUGUACUAAGAUACAAACAUUGGAGUGGCGACACCGAGUGGCUUCCAAGUAAAGAUGCUUGUGACGGAAUUGAAAUACUUAAGGAGGUAGUGUAACUGUAUGAAUUAAAUUGUACGACCCAGUUGGUUUGAAAAACCAUAUGAAGUGAAAGCAGUUUAUCAUAGGGUGUGUACAUACUGUAGUGGUAAAUAUGCUUCUUAAUUUCUCUUGCAGGAUUUAUCGGUUUUGAAAGAUGUUCCAUCUUUAUUGUCAUCAUCGCCAGACAAAGUUGACUUGGAACACCUAAGAAGAGAUAUUCCAAAGUUUUUGAAAAAUUCUCGAGUAAUAAACGAUGAGCAGAAAGAGUGGUGGCAAACUUUCUUCGAGAAAGCAGAUGAAAUGUACAUGUGGCCGGGACAUAAUAGAUUCGUGAAAACUGUUUAA